GUUCCUUGGGUGGGUAAGUCGUAGGGUUCCUUUUUGACCUGUUCUUGUAUUUAUGACGGGUUCUUUUGGAGCGUCAUUUGCCAAAGCGUAUUUUUUCAUGGAGAUUAACUCUUGAAGCCAUUCCCAACUGUGGGAGGAUGGGGGGCAAAGGAAAAACCAGCCGCCAGAUGGAGAAGAAAUCGUUGUGGCCCGAAAUAAAAACGAAAUCUCAUCUUAAAGCUACAUUCCUCAAGGAUUCUCAUCUCUUUACGGUGCAAGACUUCCUUACUGCUGCAGAAUCAAAGUCCUUCAUCCAGGCUGCUGACUCUGUAGGUUUUGUCCAUCAAGGGAGCCUUGGUCCAGCAAAAGGGGAAGCUUAUAGGGAUAAUGACAGGAUAUCUGUUGAAGAUCCAAUCCUUGCAGAAAAGAUAUGGAAAUCCGGACUUGAUAAAUUAUUCAAUGGCAUUGAAGUACAAGGACGGGUUGCUGUUGGCUUGAACCCAAACAUUAGGUUUUAUAGGUAUGCAGCAGUUUCGGGGUACAAGGUGGGUCAGAGAUUUGGACCACACAUUGAUGAAAGCAUCGACCUUGAGGGGGGUCAUUCGACUGAGUACACUUUAUUGGUCUACUUGAAUGGGACGAAUAGCAGUACGAGUAACAACCAGAACCUAGUAGGAGGCGAGACUGUGUUUUAUGAUUCCCGAAAGCGCAUUGUUGCUGAGGUUGCUCCAGCUGAAGGAAUGGCUUUACUUCAUCUUCAUGGUGAGAAGUGCAUGUUACAUGAAGCUCGCAUUGUGAAGAAAAGUGUCAAGUAUGUCUUGCGAUCAGAUGUUGUAUUUGCCUAGUAUCGUAUAAAUAAUACCUUGAAGUUGCUUGGUAACUUUUAUCUACGAGAGAAGAAAAAGGGUUUGGCACUUCAAGCUUAGCCUCUCUUUCCGUCUAUUCUAUUGCAAUUGGCGCUUGUAUGUUGUAUGGUGGCGUUUGAAUAGUUUAUACAGUUGAUUUUCCAGUCUUCUUUGGAA